AUGGCUACAACAGAAGAAGAGCCACUCACGAACACCAUCGCACCAAAGACCUCGGCUACCCUUACUGUCCGAGUAAUCAAAUCCUUUGAGUACCGGACCGAGAAGUCUCUCGUCCUGCACAAUGUGAACCUCGAGACGACCACCGUCGGCCGUCUGAAGGAGAUUGCGAGAGAAGCUGUUAUGUCGCAGCCCGGAUGGAAGCCCUACCGGAAUGUCCAUUAUGACACUCUGAAGCUAUAUACCAAGGCCCAUGGAUCGAAGACGUCGAAUCUCAUCAUCAACCUCGACCAUGAUGAAUGGAUCUUGUCCGACGACAGUGCGAUCCUCGCAGAUCUUGGCUUCGAGAACGAGACGGAGGUCAGCUUCUUUAACCGCGAGUUGUACGAAGAAUACAAGAAGCAUCCGGAGACAAAGUGGGACUGA